AUGGCAGGUGUGGCGGACGCGGCUUCACCGUCGACGCCCAGGGUGGCGUCAGUCCGUGGAGAGUCGCCACUCACGGCUCUGCUCAAUCGCUUUGACCCAGACGCAGGGAGGUCGGUUUCUACGGACUCCUUACCAGCCGUGUCUGCGUCUUCCGAUGGCGGCGGGAGUGCGACUGGGAGCGCCCUACGCGCAGGAGGUGCGUACGCCUCAGCCUGCAGAGGGACGCACGCUCCGCUCUACGUCCGACUGAAGCGGCGCAGAGAAGAAGAAGUUCCGCCUUUUCUCUGUCUGCUGCAGCAGAAAGGAUCAGCAAGCACCGAUGGAGCGCUGCCGACGGCGAAGCGCCAUCAAGCGGGUUCAGGGGGUCAGGGCUCAGCGCCUCAGCGACCCGGUACCCUGCUGCUUUUCCGCCACGUGGGCGAGCCGCCCGCCCUUUUCGCAGUUGACACAGAGAAUAAGGCGCAGAGCUCCGGUGCGGCGGCGUGUCCCCCAAGGGAGACGCCCCGAGGAGGACACGAGCGCAGAAGAGAAAAGUCUGGGGCUGCGGGGAGCGGCGGAGAGGAUUACUUCGCGGACGUUGCCGCGGCGCUCCAACACCUGCGCAAGUACCGCGUCGUCACUGCCUCACGGAGGGGGACUGACGACAAGCGCGAGGAGAAAGAAAGGAAGUCCCAGGCGGCGGCGGCGUCAGGGGACGCGCGGGGUGGGAAGGAGUCAAAGGGCGGCUCUUCGGGUGUCCUCCAGCAUAUGAAACUUACGGAUGGACGGAGGAUUCGCCUUUUAGAUGUCUGCCCUGAACCGGCGAUGGCAGAAGAAGCGGAGGGCGUUCCCUCGACCCCCGACAACUACGAUUUCGAGUGGUACCGCUUAGCGGACUCCGCCGACGCCGCACGCGUAGUAUCGGACAGCGGCAGCCACGACUUCUUGUUAGACAAGGACGAGCAAGGCAGACUCAGCAGCCAGGCGGAGCUGAUUAGGAAGCUGAUCGCAGAAGGGACUUCGGCUAACCUGCCUGACGGUCCGGGGGCGGAUGCGGUCGGCCUGAUCGAACUUGAGGACGUGGAUCCAGAGACCGGGGAAGUGCUGCUAAACUGUGGAUGGCGCGAGGAUUCCUGCAGAUUCGCUGACGUGUACCUUGGAGAAUACGGAGACAUUGACGACCCAGACUCAGACAACCCGGAUGGUGCGGAGUUGGAUUAUCCGGAAGAGAGCGAUGGUGAAGCAAAAGAGAGGCUUUUUGAGAGUCGGCUGCGCAGCAUGUUGGGGGAUCAAUCAUGGGGGGGGGGAUCAUCUGAUGGUGACGUUCACUAUGGCUCGAGUGACAUCAGCGACGUUGAGGUCGAGUGA